AUGGACCGGAAAGGAGGCCUGGGUGUAGCGGUUCCGCAAGGAGUGGAAAAUGAAACAGUAAUUAAUCUCGACAACUUAAGGCAUGGAGGAUAUCGCUGUUCUUUGCACGAAGAAUAUCUAAAAUGUGGACCUCCUUGUGAACUCGAUUGCACAAAUCUCGGAAAGCCCUGCAACGUUAAAACGUGUCGACCUGGAUGUUACUGUCGGCCAGGAUAUGUAAGAGAAUAUCCCGGGGGAAAGUGUGUAUCGCAGAAGAAGUGUGACAGGCCAUCUUGUCCAAAGCACGAAGAGUACCUCUUCUGUGGCGAAGCCCCACUAUGCCAAACAACAUGUGAAAAUUACGGAAGGGCCUGCGAAAAACCGACAUCUGCACUCUGUCCUCAAGGUUGCUAUUGCAAACAUGGUUAUGCUCGUCAUCCGGAUACCAAUCAGUGCGUCCGCGUCAAAAAUUGCCCAACAAUUGAAUAUGUUCCACAACAACCUGUUACAACAACCGAGGAAACGGUGAAAUCAUGUGGAAGAAACGAAGAAUUUCUCCAAUGUGGACCUGCUUGCCAAGUUGAAUGUUCCAAUUUGGGUAAAGAGUGUCCCAGAUCGCAUGUGAAAUGCACAAGUGGAUGCUUCUGCAAACCAGGAUACGCCAGGGACGGUGCAGGAGGAGCAUGUGUUCCACAAAAGAAUUGCCCAAAUCCCUAUUGUCCCAAAAACGAGGUUUGGUUAGGUUGCGGUCAGGCGCCGGAGUGUCAGGAGACUUGCGAUGGCGUGGACCGUGAUUGUGAAAGUCGGAAAUACCCUAAUAAUUGUCCAACAGGUUGCUACUGUCGUAAAGGCUAUGUUAGACAUCCCACAACUGGACUCUGUGUCCGGAAGAGUGAGUGCCCCAAGGAACCUCAAUGUGGAAGUCAUGAAGAAUACCGCGAAUGUGGAUAUCGAUGCAAGGAGAAGUGUUAUGUAGACAAAAAGGAAUGCAAGUAUGAACAGUGCGAAGCAGGAUGCUUCUGUCAAGAAGGAUACGUAAGGAUCAACGGAAUAUGUCUUCCGCAAGAUAAAUGUGCUAAGAAGUGCCCACCAAAUGAGGAAUACACCCAUUGCGGUAAACGAUGCAAUGAAGAUUGCAACGCUUCGGAGGGAUCCUGCAACAACAGCGCUUGCGAACAAGGUUGUUUCUGCAUCAAUGGUUACAAAAGAGUAGCAGGAGUUUGUGUUCCUGAUACCAAUUGUCCUUGCCCAAGGAAUGAAGAAUAUGUCUACGGAAAUAAAUGUGAAGAGGAUUGCAAUAGUAGUUCAGAAGAAUGUCGGGACACAGCAUGUUACAAAGGAUGCUUUUGCGAAGAAGGUUACAAAAGAAUAAAUGGUUUCUGCCAAAAAAUGACGAAUUGUGCAUGCCCUAUACCAAAUCAACGAUACCAAGUGUUAAACCCAUGUCUUGACAGUUGCCAACCAACCACAGCAUGUGAAAAUGUACCAAACGAGUACGGUUGUUUUUGUGACGAUGGUUUUAAGUGGGAUCCAGUCAGUCAGGAAUGUUUCAAUCAAACAUUAUGUCCGUGCCCGGCUAAUGCCGAAUAUAAAUUCGGAAAGCCUUGCGACUAUUCAUGUGACCCAUCAUCAACCUGUUCGACAGAAGAAUGCUACAAGGAUUGCUUCUGCAAAGAUGGAUAUAGACUCGUUGAUGGAACCUGCCAAGAACUAACUAGUUGUACGUGUCCGAUUCCUAAUCAAAGUUACCAGGUAGCAAAUCCCUGCCUCGACAGUUGUGCACCGACCUCGGCGUGUGAUAAUGAACCAACAUACUAUGGUUGCUUCUGCGAUUGGGGUUACAAAUGGGAUCCAGUCAAAGGAAAAUGUUUCAACCAGAGUUAUUGUCCAUGUCCGAGAAAUACAGAAUAUAAAUUAGGAAAGCCUUGUGAAUAUGAAUGUGAAGUACCAUCAGAUUGUACUAAUGAAGCAUGCUCCAAGGAUUGCUACUGCAAGGAUGGUUUUAGGAUGGUUGAUGGAACCUGCCAAGAGCUAGAGAGUUGUACCUGCACUGUUCCUAAUCAGAGUUACCAAGUGCUGAAUCCUUGCCUUGAUAGUUGUGCACCAACUACAGAAUGUGAGAAUGAACCGACUUAUUACGGUUGCUUCUGUAACGAUGGUUUCAAGUGGGACCCUGAUUUAGAAGAGUGUGUUGAACAGUCUACUUGUCCAUGCCCGGCUAAUGCCGAAUAUAAAUUCGGAAAGCCUUGCGACUAUUCAUGUGACCCAUCAUCAACCUGUUCUACAGAAGAAUGCUACAAGGAUUGCUUCUGCAAAGAUGGAUUUAGACUCGUUGAUGGAACCUGCCAAGAACUAACUAGUUGUACGUGUCCGAUUCCUAAUCAAAGUUACCAGGUAGCAAAUCCCUGCCUCGACAGUUGUGAACCGACCUCGGCGUGUGAUAAUGAACCAACAUACUAUGGUUGCUUCUGCGAUUGGGGUUACAAAUGGGAUCCGGUCAAAGAAAAAUGUUUCAACCAGAGUUAUUGUCCAUGUCCGAGAAAUACAGAAUAUAAAUUAGGAAAGCCUUGUGAAUAUGAAUGUGAAGUACCAUCAGAUUGUACUAAUGAAGCAUGCUCCAAGGAUUGCUACUGCAAGGAUGGUUUUAGGAUGGUUGAUGGAACCUGCCAAGAGCUAGAGAGUUGUACCUGCACUGUUCCUAAUCAGAGUUACCAAGUGCUGAAUCCUUGCCUUGAUAGUUGUGCACCAACUACAGAAUGUGAGAAUGAACCGACUUAUUACGGUUGCUUCUGUAACGAUGGUUUCAAGUGGGACCCUGAUUUAGAAGAGUGUGUUGAACAGUCUACUUGUCCAUGCCCGGCUAAUGCCGAAUAUAAAUUCGGAAAGCCUUGCGACUAUUCAUGUGACCCAUCAUCAACCUGUUCUACAGAAGAAUGCUACAAAGAUUGCUUCUGCAAAGAUGGAUUUAGACUCGUUGAUGGAACCUGCCAAGAACUAACUAGUUGUACGUGUCCGAUUCCUAAUCAAAGUUACCAGGUAGCAAAUCCCUGCCUCGACAGUUGUGAACCGACCUCGGCGUGUGAUAAUGAACCAACAUACUAUGGUUGCUUCUGCGAUUGGGGUUACAAAUGGGAUCCUGUCAAAAAAAAAUGUUUCAACCAGAGUUAUUGCCCAUGUCCGAAAAAUACAGAAUAUAAAUUAGGAAAGCCCUGUGAAUAUGAAUGUGAAGUACCGUCAGAUUGUACUAAUGAAGCAUGCUCCAAGGAUUGCUACUGCAAGGAUGGCUUUAGGAUGGUUGAUGGAAACUGCCAAGAGCUAGAGAGUUGUACCUGCACUGUUCCUAAUCAGAGUUACCAACCACUCAACCCCUGCCUUGAUAGUUGUGCACCAACUACAGAAUGUGAGAAUGAUGCAACAUAUUACGGUUGCUUCUGUAAUGAUGGUUUCAAGUGGGAUCCUGAUUUAGAAGAGUGUGUCAACCAGACAAGUUGUCCAUGUCCAGAUAAUUCUCAAUACAAAUUCGGAAAGCCAUGCGAAUACGAAUGCGAAGUACCGUCAGACUGUUCUACUCAAGAAUGCUACAAGGAUUGCUUCUGUAAUGAUGGAUAUAGAAUGGUUGACGGAACCUGUCAAGAGCUAGAGAGUUGCACCUGCACUGUUCCUAAUCAAAGUUACCAAGUGUUGAAUCCUUGCCUUGAUAGUUGUGCACCAACUACAGAAUGUGAGAAUGAACCGACUUAUUACGGUUGCUUCUGUAACGAUGGUUUCAAGUGGGACCCGGUUACUGAACAGUGUUUCAACCAGACAAGUUGUCCAUGUCCAGAUAAUUCUCAAUACAAAUUCGGAAAGCCAUGCGAAUACGAAUGCGAAGUACCGUCAGACUGUUCUACUCAAGAAUGCUACAAGGAUUGCUUCUGUAACGAUGGAUUUAGAAUGGUUGACGGAACCUGUCAACAGCUAGAGCGUUGUACCUGCACUGUUCCUAAUCAAAGUUACCAAGUGUUGAAUCCUUGCCUUGAUAGUUGUGCACCAACUACAGAAUGUGAGAAUGAACCGACUUAUUACGGUUGCUUCUGUAACGAUGGUUUCAAGUGGGACCCGGUUACUGAACAGUGUUUCAACCAGACAAGUUGUCCAUGUCCAGAUAAUUCUCAAUACAAAUUCGGAAAGCCAUGCGAAUACGAAUGCGAAGUACCGUCAGACUGUUCUACUCAAGAAUGCUACAAGGAUUGCUUCUGUAACGAUGGAUUUAGAACGGUUGACGGAACCUGUCAACAGCUAGAGCGUUGUACCUGCACUGUUCCUAAUCAAAGUUACCAAGUGUUGAAUCCUUGCCUUGAUAGUUGUGCACCAACUACAGAAUGUGAGAAUGAACCGACUUAUUACGGUUGCUUCUGUAACGAUGGUUUCAAGUGGGACCCGGUUACUGAACAGUGUUUCAACCAGACAAGUUGUCCAUGUCCAGAUAAUUCUCAAUACAAAUUCGGAAAGCCAUGCGAAUACGAAUGCGAAGUACCGUCAGACUGUUCUACUCAAGAAUGCUACAAGGAUUGCUUCUGUAAUGAUGGAUAUAGAAUGGUUGACGGAACCUGUCAAGAGCUAGAGCGUUGUACCUGCACUGUUCCUAAUCAGAGUUACCAAGUGUUGAAUCCUUGCCUUGAUAGUUGUGCACCAACUACAGAAUGUGAGAAUGAACCGACUUAUUACGGUUGCUUCUGUAACGAUGGUUUCAAGUGGGACCCUGUUACUGAACAGUGUUUCAACCAGACAAGUUGUCCAUGUCCAGAUAAUUCUCAAUACAAAUUCGGAAAGCCAUGCGAAUACGAAUGCGAAGUACCGUCAGACUGUUCUACUCAAGAAUGCUACAAGGAUUGCUUCUGUAAUGAUGGAUAUAGAAUGGUUGACGGAACCUGUCAAGAUCUAGACCGUUGUACCUGCACUGUUCCUAAUCAGAGUUAUCAACCACUCAACCCCUGCCUUGAUAGUUGUGCACCAACUACAGAAUGUGAGAAUGAUGCAACAUAUUACGGUUGCUUCUGUAACGAUGGUUUCAAGUGGGACCCUGUUACUGAACAGUGUUUCAACCAGACAAGUUGUCCAUGUCCAGAUAAUUCUCAAUACAAAUUCGGAAAGCCAUGCGAAUACGAAUGCGAAGUACCGUCAGACUGUUCUACUCAAGAAUGCUACAAGGAUUGCUUCUGCAAUGAUGGAUUUAGGAUGAUUGACGGGGUCUGUCAAGAUAUGACAACAAAGUGUGAAUGUCCAAUUCCGAACCAGAGAUACCAAGUUCUCAACCCGUGCCUUGACAGUUGCGCACCAACAACAGAAUGUGAAGGUGAUCCUACAUAUUACGGCUGUUUCUGUGACGAUGGUUUGAAGUGGGAUUCUGUCAACGAAGUAUGUUUCGAUCAGAGUUUUUGCCCAUGUCCGGAUAAUGCUUUAUACAGAUUCGGUAAACCUUGCGAAGAUGAAUGCGAACCACCAUCAACGUGUCCUACUGAAGAAUGCUACAAAGCUUGCUUCUGUGAUGAAGGAUUUAGACUCGUUGAUGGGUCUUGUCAAAACAUGACGACAACGUGCCAAUGUCCUAUUGAAAAUCAACGAUACCAAGUAUUAAACCCAUGCCUCGACAGCUGCGCAUCAACUACAGAAUGUGAGGGUGAUCCUACAUAUUACGGAUGUUUCUGUGACGAUGGUUUGAAGUGGGAUUCUGUCAACGAAGUAUGUUUCGAUCAGAGUUUAUGCCCAUGUCCGGAUAAUGCUUCAUACAGAUUCGGUAAACCUUGCGAAGAUGAAUGCGAACCACCAUCAACGUGUCCUACUGAAGAAUGCUACAAAGCUUGCUUCUGUGAUGAAGGAUUUAGACUAGUUGAUGGGUCUUGUCAAAACAUGACGACAUCGUGCCAAUGUCCUAUUGAAAAUCAACGAUACCAAGUAUUAAACCCGUGCCUCGACAGUUGCGCACCCACUACAGAAUGUGAGGGUGAUCCUACAUAUUACGGAUGUUUCUGUGACGAUGGUUUGAAGUGGGAUUCUGUCAACGAAGUAUGUUUCGAUCAGAGUUUAUGCCCAUGUCCGGAUAAUGCUUUAUACAGAUUCGGUAAACCUUGCGAAGAUGAAUGCGAACCACCAUCAACGUGUCCUACUGAAGAAUGCUACAAAGCUUGCUUCUGUGAUGAAGGAUUUAGACUAGUUGAUGGGUCCUGUCAAAACAUGACGACAGCGUGCCAAUGUCCUAUUGAAAAUCAACGAUACCAAGUAUUAAACCCAUGCCUCGACAGCUGCGCAUCAACUACAGAAUGUGAGGGUGAUCCUACAUAUUACGGAUGUUUCUGUGACGAUGGUUUGAAGUGGGAUUCUGUCAACGAAGUAUGUUUCGAUCAGAGUUUAUGCCCAUGUCCGGAUAAUGCUUCAUACAGAUUCGGUAAACCUUGCGAAGAUGAAUGCGAACCACCAUCAACGUGUCCUACUGAAGAAUGCUACAAAGCUUGCUUCUGUGAUGAAGGAUUUAGACUAGUUGAUGGGUCUUGUCAAAACAUGACGACAUCGUGCCAAUGUCCUAUUGAAAAUCAACGAUACCAAGUAUUAAACCCGUGCCUCGACAGUUGCGCACCCACUACAGAAUGUGAGGGUGAUCCUACAUAUUACGGAUGUUUCUGUGACGAUGGUUUGAAGUGGGAUUCUGUCAACGAAGUAUGUUUCGAUCAGAGUUUAUGCCCAUGUCCGGAUAAUGCUUCAUACAGAUUCGGUAAACCUUGCGAAGAUGAAUGCGAACCACCAUCAACGUGUCCUACUGAAGAAUGCUACAAAGCUUGCUUCUGUGAUGAAGGAUUUAGACUCGUUGAUGGGUCCUGUCAAAACAUGACGACAGCGUGCCAAUGUCCUAUUGAAAAUCAACGAUACCAAGUAUUAAACCCGUGCCUUGACAGCUGCGCACCAACUACAGAAUGUGAGGGUGAUCCUACAUAUUACGGCUGUUUCUGUGACGAUGGUUUGAAGUGGGAUUCUGUCAACGAAGUAUGUUUCGAUCAGAGUUUAUGCCCAUGUCCGGAUAAUGCUUUAUACAGAUUCGGUAAACCUUGCGAAGAUGAAUGCGAACCACCAUCAACGUGUCCUACUGAAGAAUGCUACAAAGCUUGCUUCUGUGAUGAAGGAUUUAGACUCGUUGAUGGGUCCUGUCAAAACAUGACGACAUCGUGCCAAUGUCCUAUUGAAAAUCAACGAUACCAAGUAUUAAACCCGUGCCUCGACAGCUGCGCACCAACUACAGAAUGUGAGGGUGAUCCUACAUAUUACGGCUGUUUCUGUGACGAUGGUUUGAAGUGGGAUUCUGUCAACGAAGUAUGUUUCGAUCAGAGUUUAUGCCCAUGUCCGGAUAAUGCUUCAUACAGAUUCGGUAAACCUUGCGAAGAUGAAUGCGAACCACCAUCAACGUGUCCUACUGAAGAAUGCUACAAAGCUUGCUUCUGUGAUGAAGGAUUUAGACUCGUUGAUGGGUCCUGUCAAAACAUGACGACAGCGUGCCAAUGUCCUAUUGAAAAUCAACGAUACCAAGUAUUAAACCCGUGCCUCGACAGUUGCGCACCCACUACAGAAUGUGAGGGUGAUCCUACAUAUUACGGCUGUUUCUGUGACGAUGGUUUGAAGUGGGAUUCUGUCAACGAAGUAUGUUUCGAUCAGAGUUUAUGCCCAUGUCCGGAUAAUGCUUCAUACAGAUUCGGUAAACCUUGCGAAGAUGAAUGCGAACCACCAUCAACGUGUCCUACUGAAGAAUGCUACAAAGCUUGCUUCUGUGAUGAAGGAUUUAGACUCGUUGAUGGGUCCUGUCAAAACAUGACGACAUCGUGCCAAUGUCCUAUUGAAAAUCAACGAUACCAAGUAUUAAACCCGUGCCUCGACAGCUGCGCACCAACUACAGAAUGUGAGGGUGAUCCUACAUAUUACGGCUGUUUCUGUGACGAUGGUUUGAAGUGGGAUUCUGUCAACGAAGAAUGUAUCGAUCAGGGUUUAUGCCCAUGUCCGGAUGAUGCUACAUAUAGAUUCGGUAAACCUUGCGAAGAUGAAUGCGAACCACCAUCAACGUGUCCUACUGAAGAAUGCUACAAAGCUUGCUUCUGUGAUGAAGGAUUUAGACUCGUUGAUGGGUCCUGUCAAAACAUGACGACAGCGUGCCAAUGUCCUAUUGAAAAUCAACGAUACCAAGUAUUAAACCCGUGCCUCGACAGCUGCGCACCAACUACAGAAUGUGAGGGUGAUCCUACAUAUUACGGUUGCUUCUGUGACGAUGGUUUGAAGUGGGAUUCUGUCAACGAAGUAUGUUUCGAUCAGUCUGACUGUGAAUGUCCGGAGAACUCUACAUACAAAUUCGGAAAGCCGUGCGAAUACGAAUGCGAAGUACCGUCAGACUGUUCUACCCAAGAAUGCUACAAGGAUUGCUUCUGUAAUGAUGGAUUUAGAAUGGUUGACGGAACCUGUCAAGAUCUAGAGCUUUGUACCUGCACUGUUCCUAAUCAAAGUUACCAAGUGUUGAAUCCUUGCCUCGAUAGUUGUGAACCAACUACAGAAUGUGAGAAUGAUCCGACUUAUUACGGUUGCUUCUGUAACGAUGGUUUCAAGUGGGACCCUGUUACUGAACAGUGUUUCAACCAGACAAGUUGUCCAUGUCCAGCAAAUUCUCAAUACAAGUUCGGAAAGCCUUGUGAAUACGAAUGCGAAGUACCAUCAAACUGUUCUACUCAAGAAUGCUACAAGGAUUGCUUCUGCAUGGAAGGGUUCAAACUUGUUGAUGGAACCUGUCAAGGGGUAGAGCGUUGUACUUGCGAUGGUGCGAACGAAGUCUACAGGGUAUCUAGUGAUUGUGCAGAGUCUUGUGAUGUAAAUUGUGCAACUUGCGCGGAUGUGGCUACAGAACUUGGGUGUUAUUGUGCACCAGGAUACAGAAGGAAUGCCGCGGGUGACUGCGUUCUCGAAGAAGAUUGUCCAUGUACUGGUGAUAAUGAAAUCUACAAAGAUGGAAAGACCUGCGAGGAGGAGUGUACGGUAGCCCCGGAAUGUGAAUUGGAGAGCUGUUGCAAAGGAUGUUACUGCAGGAAUGGCUAUAAGAGAGUCAAUGGAAUGUGUGUACUAGAGGAUAAUUGUUCCCCUUGUGGUCCUGAUGAAGAAUACAGAUGUGGAAGGGGUUGCGAAGACGAAUGUGGUUUGUUGGAUAUUGACCUAUGUUUGGAACUACCCUGUACAGAUGGAUGCUACUGUAGAUCUGGAUUCUUAAGACUCUUAGGAAUUUGUAUUAGAGUCGAACUUGGAAUUAGUCUGUGUCCCUGUGGACCAUUUGCCUCAUUCCGGGAAGGUAAGGCUUGCGAGGAUGAUUGCUCGGUGAACCCUGACGACUGUGCUGCGGACACAACAUCACCAAGUUCAUGGCGUUGUCACUGUGACAAUAAUGCAUGCCUUGUAGGCGGCGUAUGUGCUCCAAGAGUGCCCUUACCUUUACUCAGCAAGAAGAAAAUCCAGAAACGGCCUGGUAUUUCAGCGAUAAAACACUAA